AUGGGUAGUGCUACCUCCUUCGCCGCUGAGGCGUUUACACUGCUCUCUAUUGGCAUUUUGGUCAUCGGCCUACGAACGUUUGCGAGGAUACGACAAGUCGGUGUGAGAAACUUUGAGGCCGAUGAUUAUCUGAUGCUGGUGGCGAUUAUUCCGUAUACGAUCGAGACGGCGCUUGCGUAUACUGUUGGAGCAAAGUUUCAUGGGUUGACCAACAGUGGGAUGACGGAUGAGGAGCGCAAGGCUCUGUCACCGAACAGUGAAGAAUAUGGAUGGAGGGUUGGCGGCUCAAAGAUCCAGAUCGCUGGUUGGAUCAUGUACGCAACAGUGCUCUGGGUCAUCAAGAGUGCGCUCUGUGCUUUCUACUUCCGACUCACGGCUGGUCUCACAGGAUACAAAACUCGAAUCUACAUCGGCUUUGGCUUCAUUGCCUCGACAUACAUCGCCAUUGUAUGCUGUAUUCUCUUCAGCUGCCAACCAUUUAACCGCUUUUGGCAGAUCUACCCCAACCCAGGCAACUUCUGCCACCCCGCGUUGUCCAAGCUCUACAUCUUCAUCAUCGUCAGCCUCAACAUCAUAACUGACGUUUACUUGCUCGCUAUCCCCAUUCCGAUGCUUUGGGGCGCUCGCAUUCCCAAGGUGAAGAAGUACGGAUUGCUUGUGCUUUUCUCUGGCGCCGUAUUUGUGAUGGUCGCUGGCUUACUACGAUGUAUCCUCAUCCUCAAGAACCCCAAAACAGGACCUGAGGAAGGUGCUUCAUGGGCCGUCCGAGAAUCUUUCGUCGCCGUCGUAACAGCUAAUCUCCCCAGCACAUGGGGAUGGAUGCGCCAAAAGCUCAAACCUAUCUUCGGCUCGCUCCUCUCAUCCAACAAUGUCAGCUCGAAAUACAAGGGCGGUCCCGAACCCGGAAGUAUCAUGCUCGCCGACGGAAACGGAUCAAACUGGAAGAGGAGUAACGGAAGGUCUAUCAGAUCAACGACUGGGCUUGGAAGCGUGAAUGAUCGGCAUGUUUACAUUCAUGGAGGAGGUGGCGAGGCUAGUUCGGAUGAGAUUAUCCCUUCGAUGCCGGGGAUUACGAAGGAGGUUGAGUUUACGGUUGAGGAGUCGGAUGCCAGAAAAUGA